AUGCUGGUGUGCAGACGGAGGGCGGUGUUUCUCGGGCUAGAGCGAGUCCAGCAGACGGCUCCUCUCACUCGUGCCCUGGACUGCGGUUUACAUGUGGAGGCUUGGGUUUCAAAAUGGAAGAGAGAAGACUUCACUGAUGAGCGAUUGGAAAGUACAGAAUCCCUCUUGGCUGUGAGAUGUGCGUUUGCGUCGUGUGUUGUUGGCCUCACCGGUGCCAGCGCUGACCUGCCUGACCUGGGUUAG